UCAGCCUUCCUUCUACGGAAAAGCUGAGAACCUUCUCAUUUUAUUUUGUGAAAAUGAUGGCGCUUACCAUUUUUACCCUCCGUCUGGCUGUCUGCAUCCUGGCAUUUCCCAUGUACCUGCUGGACUUUCUGGGCUUGUGGAACUGGAUAUGCAAAAAAUCGCUCCCCUACUUCUUGGCAAGGUUCACUGUGAUGUACAACAAACAGAUGGCGAGCAAGAAGCAGGAGCUCUUCAGCAAUCUACAGGAGUUCGCGGGCCCCUCCGGGAAGCUCUCCCUGCUGGAGCUGGGCUGCGGCACAGGGCCCAACUUCAAGUUCUACCCGCCUGGAUGCCGGGUGACCUGUAUUGAUCCCAACCCCAACUUUGAGAAGUUCUUGAUCAAGAGCAUUGCUGAGAACCGACACCUGCAGUUUGAGCACUUCCUGGUGGCUGACGGGGAGGACCUGCACCAGGUGGCCGACAACUCCAUGGAUGUGGUGGUCUGCACACUGGUCCUGUGCUCCGUGAAGAACCAGGAGCGGAUCCUCCAGGAAGUGUGCAGAGUGCUGAGGCCGGGAGGAGCUUUUUAUUUCAUGGAGCAUGUAGCAGCUAAGCCUUCAACCUGGAAUUACUUCUGGCAACAGGUCCUGAAUCCUGUCUGGUACCUUCUGUUUGAUGGGUGCAACCUGACCAGAGAGAGCUGGAAGGCCCUGGAGUGGGCCCGCUUCUCCAAGCUGAAGCUGCAGCACUUACAGGCCCCCCUGUCCUGGGAGCUCCUGCGCCCUCACAUCUACGGAUAUGCUGUGAAAUAGAAGUUGAGACCUGAAGGGCUCGAAUGAUUUAAGGUUUGGGUUUUACACUUAAAACACUAAUUGGGUCACUUCCCUUGUGGUGCAAUGGUUGAGAGUCUGCCUGCCAAUGUGGGAAACACAGGUUCGAUCCCUGGUCUGGAGGAUCCCGCAUGCCGUGGGGCAACUAAGCCCAUGUGCCAUGGCUGUUGAGCCUGUGCUCUGGAGCCCACAAGCCACAACUACUGAGGCCACGUGAUACAACUGCUGAGGCCCACGUACCUAGAGCCCAUGCUCCACAGCAAAGAGUGGCCCCUGCUCACCACAGCUAGAGAGGGCCCGCACACAGCAAUGAAGACGCAACACAACCACACACACACACAAAAAAAAAACUAAUUGGGAUAAGGGAACCCCCUUUUUUAGGUAAAUUUGAAUUUCAUCACUAAAAGUUUAUGUUAUAACCUAUUUAGCUAUUUUCUAUUGUCUCCCAAAGAAACAAAAACAAAAUAAAA